ACAUUCCAAUCGUAGCCAUCGGUGAAAGUCACAUCAGGCUUAUUUUAUAGAAGUCGUUUCGAAGUUUCAGUUUUACUGAAAAUCUCACCGUCUACAGAUCGUACAAAUUUUUCUUAUUCCGAAGAUUUUUUUAGGUUUCCAUAAUUUUAUAGAAUAUAUACGACUACCAUUCGUUAGUCAAAAUGAGUGUGCACUCCACUAAAGCAGACGAAUUGGAAGAAAGUCCAAGUCGCAGUAAAGAAUUGUGGAAAGACGAGCGUUUUUUGAAUUAUUUGCGCGAAUUUAUUAAACAAUGUGGAGAUCUGGAUUGGAUGCAUUUUGCCAGAGAGGCCGCCAAGUCCUGGAAAAAUCUGAGCGAGGACGAAAAGAAAUGUUUCCGCAACCUGGAAAUAGCUGACAUCGCGGUAAUGGCCAUGAAUACUCCAAAGUCAUGUUUAUUGUGCUAUCCUAUGGUCAAGGAUACUCCAAAGCCAUGUUUAUUGUGCAACUAUCCUAUGGCCAAGGAUAAGUCAAAGAAGUCUUGCGGCCAGCCCCGAAAAUCGCGCGAAAAACCGAUGAAGUCUUGUGCCACGCCCUCGCGAAAGUUGGCCUGUCGCAAGCCCAAACCCAGAAAGGCCGCUUGUGCCCCAAAGAAAAAGGACGAGUGCGAAACGGGUGUCAAAUGUAGCAGGCCCGGCCCGGUCACCAACAACGGGUAUCUGAACUUUUUGCGUUCCUACAGGAAGCACCACUGCGGUCUGAAGCCCCGGGAAUUGGUUCAGCAGGGCGCCCAAGCCUGGCGAGCUCUGUCGGAAGAGAAAAAGAAUCGUUACCGCCGCAUGGCCUGCAAGGUAUCCGCGAUGGACCGGAAGAACAGGGAUCGCCGCAGCUGUAAGAAAGAUUAAUUUCUCCUAAAGCGUUCGUUUUCAUCCAAGUCUUUUAGUUUUGUAACAUGUAAAUCAAAAUUAAUUUUCGUGGCUUUUACGAAAUGUAUAUUUAGAGUAUGAUAAUUAUAAUUUAAUUUUUGGCCAAAGAGAA